AAAAUGGCAGCCCCCACACCGCGGGGUUUGUAUUGUUUAUCCAAAGCCUUAGGAUGGUGGUCUCGGCAGCCUGUCCUGGUGACUCAGUCCACAGUUGUAGUUCCAGUGAGAACUAAAAAACGUUUCACACCUCCUACUUAUAAACCCAAAUACAAAUCAGAAAAGGAGUUUAUGGAAUAUGCCCGGAAAGCAGGACUGGUCAUUCCUCCAGAACGUUUGGAGCGUCCACUACAUCUGGCCUGUACAGCUGGUAUCUUUGAUGCCUAUGUUCCUCCAGAGGGUGAUGCUCGCUUGUCAUCUCUUGCAAAGGAAGGACUAGCACAGAGAAGUGAACAACUGAAGAAGAAGGUGGCAUCACAAUUGUCAAUCCGGAAGAUAAGAGAACAUGAUCCUAAUUUUAAAAUAAAGGACUUCCCCGAAAAAGCUAAGGAUAUUUUUAUUGAAGCUCACCUUUGUCUAAACAACUCAGACCAUGACCGGCUUCAUACCUUGGUAACUGAAAACUGUUUUCCGGACAUGGUCUGGGACAUCAAGUAUAAGACAGUCCGCUGGAGCUUUGUAGAAUCUUUAGAGCCACCCCAGGUGGUUCAGGUUCGCUGUUCGAAUCUGCUGAACCAGGGCAACAUAUACGGCCAGGUCACUGUCCGCUUGCACACCCGACAGACUCUAGCCAUCUAUGACCGGUUUGGCCGGCUAAUGUAUGGACAGGAAGAUGUGCCCAGGGAUGUCCUGGAGUAUGUUGUGUUUGAAAAGCACCUGGUAAAUCCCUAUGGGAGCUGGAGAAUGCAUGGCAAGAUCACCCCUCCAUGGGCACCCCAUAAGCAGCCCAUCCUUAAGACGGUGAUGAUCCCUGGGCCCCAGCUGAAACCCUGGGAAGACUAUGAAGAACCACAAGGAGAGGCCCAUAAACUUUAGCUAUCCUGGUGGCAUAAAUGACUCCUCGGAUUGAAGCAUGGUGAUGAGGUGGCUGGAUGCUAUGGAGUCUGGAAGCUGUGAAGUCAGUCAUCUCUCCAUCAUGCUGUAGAAGCAUCUAUGUUUGACCUUUCCUCUCCUGCUUGGGUGUUUCCAGCUGUCUCCUCCACAACCACGGCUGAUGGCUGGGUCCAGGUGGGUGGCUGGCUAAUACAUACAGCCAUAAGCCCACUUCGUCCUAUUUAAAUUGUAUAUCUAGCUUUUGAGUCUCAACAAAAGUAUGUUUCAGAUACCUAUUUUUCCUGUAGCAGAGACCGUCAGGAGCAAACUGGCAGAAUUUUCUUUUUAAUUAUAGGCAGGGAUCAGAGUUUGAAAUAAAACACUGUCAGGGUAUUGGACACACUGUGGUGGGUUAUGUACUUCUCCCCAGCUUAGGCUAGAAGUAGACCAGCCUUCAGAGAGCAGAAUUGGAAGAUGGGCUGAACUGUGAAUUAUGUGGCUUCCAAUAAAUCCAGACUUGGGAAAAAUAA